ACGCGUCUUUGGAGACAGACAAGGUGGAGAAGAGGAGAGGACUAACUUCCAUGUUUUUAUCCCUUCUCAAAGGGGGAUCCACAGACUUAUCGGCCGGGGUUUCCAAUCUACUUUGUGUCGGCGCAGGAGUCUCAGCGGGGUUAGUUGACUCCCGGUUUCGUCUCGGUCAUCUGACAGAAGUGCCGUCCAUCCAAUGUGCGUAAAGGGGCUCUAUUUCCUCACCGUCCUGUCUGGACUCGCAGCUUCAGGCAUGCUGCAGGUCAGCGGGAUGCGUAUAUACACAUCUGGGGAUGUGGAGGCGGUCAACGGGACAGAUGUCCGUCUUAAGUGCACAUUCCAUAGUUCCUCUGACAUUAACCCCAACACCAUUGUCAUCUCCUGGAGCUUCAGACCGCUCAAACCAGGCCGAGAAGAGUCGGUUUUCCACUACCAGCAGAAACCAUAUCCUCCUUUAGAGGGCAUAUUCAGGAAGCGUGUCGCUUGGGCCGGUGACGUAAUGGGCCGUGACGCCUCCAUCAUACUUCAGCAGGUCAAGUUCAUCUACAACGGCACUUACAUCUGUCAGGUCAAAAAUCCGCCGGAUGUCCACGGCACAGUUGGAGAGAUUAGACUUCGUGUCGUCACCACAGCCUCUUUCUCCGAACUUCUCCUUCUGGCAUUGGCCAUCGGGGGUGGUAUCACCGCUGUGGUCCUCCUUCUCAUCAUCAUUCUGUCCUGCAGGCGGUGCAGGAAGAGGAGAGAGAGACAGCGGGAAGGGAACGAGGAGGCACCACGCAAAGAGAGAAAAGACCCAACUGCGUGCCACCCAUCGAGGGCCGUCCACCUCUACAUAUCAGAGACGUCCAUAGAGAUUGACAGUUCAGACGGCAUGAUCUCAGAGGCCAGCACCAAAGAUCCAAGCUCCUCAGAGGAAGAGGGCCCGAGCUCUGACGACGACGACGAUGGAGACGACUCCGACUGAGGAGGUGGGGACAGACAGGAGAGACAGAAACACAGAUGUGAAGCCAGCCAGGGAGCUCGCUGGAGGGAUGCCCAGAUGGCAGCCAUGGAUUCCACAGUUCUGCAAAGUGCAGACUAGAUGAAGAGAGUGCUGCUACGGCUGCUGCUGUGAUGAAAAUAAGCACAUUGUUCAAGAAAGAGAGAAAAAUGGAAAGAAAGUUCUGUUUAAAGUUUCAGAAUAGGAACAAAGAGACUAGGGCGAUGAAGAACAAGGCUUUGGAACGGGAUCAAAAGUAGAGUAACUAUGCUCUUGAGAGAGUCCAGAAAUCUUCGUUUGAGGGAAGAUGUGCUGGAUUUAACCUGCAGGGCUUCAGAAGAGAAAGGCUAUGCAAUCCUGAAGCUGGCUUGGCUACUGUCCUGAAGACAAAAAAAGGCCAGUUUGUGUUCAGUAACUGUUGUUUUAGACAUGGAUCUUGUGUGGAGUGUGGAGUGUCAAUAGCAAAAUCAACUGCAACGUGCAAUUGAAAGUGAUCACAAUGAGGAAGUUGUUUUCUGCCAUGAUGAGCCAUAUGAAGACCUUCACAUUUUUGAGAGCACCUACCUUUUGCAAACUAUUCCCUGGUUGACUUAAUGGACAAUAUCAUGUUGAAUCUGUAGGAUUUUUUUUCACAGGCUCUUCCCAUGCACUGUUGUUCGUAUGUACACCUACACAAAGUAAUCCAUCAGAAUUCGUAUGGUAAGGCUGCAAUCACUUUACAAAAGCACUGACAGGAGUUAAGAAGGAAGUAAGAGCAAAAGUCCACGUAUGGAGGUAGAUGGGUCAAACAAACACUGGACUUUGCCCCAAGAAACCGAUGGUCAUGUUUUUCAUGAAACCAAGUCAAAUUUAAGUUAUUUUAAGGUAUGUUAAGUAUGCAUCUUUAAGUUAAGGUUUAUCCCUACUCCCUAACCCAACCCCAUAAUGUGACAACGCUGAACUGCGAUUCUUUCCUAAAUCUCACCCACAUAAUGUUACUUUACUAAACUUAACCUAAAUAACUUUAUGUUAAGUAUGUAAAUUACAUUAAGUACUAACCCUAACCCUGAACCCUAAUCCAACCCCAUAACAUGUCAAUACCCAACUAUGACAUUUUCUUAAAUCUAACUAUCUAAAUUCAUAACGUAACUACCAACUAUACCUUGAACCAAACCACAUUACGUGACAAUGUCCUACUAAGAUUCUUUUGCUAACUGUCAUAAGAUUAUUUACACAAACUUGACCUACACAACUUUUUGUUAAGUAAUUGCAUCCUAACCCAUAACCCCACCCCAUACCAUGACAACGCACAACUAUGACAUUUUCCUGAACUUAACUUCCUUUAACCAUACCUACAUAACACCAUGUUAACUAUCAUGAUUUUUUCCCUUUAAACUAACUGUUAGAGGCUCUAAUUAAUUAAAUAUCAUACAAACUGUUCUGUGUUGAUUUUUGCAAGAUAAUAUAUGAACCCUUUGUAUGACAAUACAAUACACAUUUUAGUUUUACAGUUCAGUCUUUUUGAAUAAUGUAAGUCUUGCAUUUCAGUCAGUUUUGCACAACCAGCAUAAUACCUGCCAGUCUCAGAGCACUUGUUAAAAUAAGUUUUAUCCUCCAACUGUAGACUGAGGGGCUUGUGUCACGUCAGAUAACUUGGAUGAAAAAACAUAAAUGUGAUGUUGCUGUCAUUAAGUCUGAAGGCCAAAAACUCUUGAUCAGUCAAAUAGCACCUGUGUGAACGCACCUGCUCUGAGUGCUGUGUGAGCGCACAGUCAGAUCUGAAAACCCUUUGAUUGCGAAACAUCCUUGAGCGCCUGUUUCCUUGUGUGUCUGUGAAUGCAUCACUAACAAAUGAUUGUAACGGCUGUCUUUCUUCCUUAUAUGACAGAAUUUUAUACCUGUGAUGUAAUACUGAGCAAAAAUGUUUAUAGAUUAUUUUUU